AUGGUCUAUGAGAGAGGUGAUGUGCUCCAGGAAUGCUUAGAGGCCUUGUCACUAGAUAAGGAUUUAAGAACAAAAUGGAUGAACUUGGUAGGACCCAAUUGGGACCUUGAGGCUUCAAUCAUUGUUCUUCAAAGAAUAGUAACAUUCUUUGUUAAGUCAAAGCAACAGAUCUUCCGAGAAAAAGAAGGGCUGAAACCAAACAAAAACAGUGUGUCACUUAGGAGGGAAAUCAUGAAACCGAAAGGAAGCAAAAUAAAAACAAAAUCUGUGGUAGACAGUGAGAUAUCCAAGAUGAGAGCGGCUGGUGAAACAUCUGAAAGUUUUGCAGGAUUUCUUCAUCACCUAUGCACAUUACAACUGCCUGCUCAACACAUUUUACUAAAUCAACUGACAGGAAAAGAGUUAGCAAAACUACUCAAAAGUCUAGGAAAGCCAUCUUAUCAAGGAAAGAAGAAAGAAAAACAAGUUUUGUAUGUAAUCGACACACUUAAGAAUAAGGAUGUUUAA